AGUAUAAUAAAUGAAAGCCGUUUUGCUGCGAAGGUGAUGCAUUUAAAAGCCAACCAGGGGGAGGAGAGAGCGCAGUGGGAAAUUUUUGAAGUGAAUGAACAAAAAAGAAAUGGACAAGAGUCGAGAGGUGAGGCGUGGAAUGACUCGGUUCUCGCGACAACAGAUUAAUACUAACAAGAAACAACAAUCUCACCCAACGUCUUGUUGGUGGAGUUGGCGUUGGUUGCUGGUGCAGGGGAGUUCGUUUCUUUAGAGAAAGAAAAGAAAGAGAAAAUUAGAAGAUUAUGUAGCGUUAAUGGUCAUAGAGAAAGUCCCAGUCCUUGUCCCGAUAGUAAUCCACACUGUAAAACUGAAAUGGGUAGUUCUUAUUGUUGUGGUUUGUCUUCUGCUAAUGGAGGAAAAUCAGUGUCCUUCACAUUCACCCACACUUCUUCUCCCGUCUCUAAUUCUGCCACCAAUAUCUUUAAGAUACCCAAAAAGUUCUUUUAUGACUGCAAUGUCCUUAAUCAUGCCUCUAUUCCACGGAAGCUACGGUCAGCCAUGAAGAAGCGCAGUCAGGAAUCGAUCUCCCCUCCUCCACCAGAUUCUAAGAAACGAACCAUACACUUAGUGGAGUUGAAGUGCAUAGAAAGGAUGGUCGAAAGAAACCAAAAUUGAAUUUG